GCGCACGUGAAAGACAGUGGCACGAAUAAGUAGGCCGUGAGCUCCGUAGUUCCGUCCUCCAUUGCUCGACGUCGCACUCCGUCUCCGUCGUCAUCGUCUGCGUCUGGUUCCGCUCCCGUGCGCCCAUAUUCGGUACAUAUUCCGCCAGUUCCCGCGCCACUCGUCGAGUUCUCCCGUUGUGGCCUUGCGUUGCAGGUGCACAACGGGACGGAUAACGUAGCCUUUCGCGUGUGAAGAGUGUCGGUUGUCGCGGCUACUGUCCACAUCCCCCACGUCAGUGCUACUGUGCGUGAUGUCGAAAACGCUAAAGCGCCCUGUCGCUGGGACGCAUCCGCACUGCUACAUUCCUAGCCGCCUCGAGGAGCGGAGGGCGCGCAACCGAGCCCUCCGCCAGGAGCGGCGCCGUAAGCCGGACAAGCCGGACGAUUUCGUCACGUACGAGGACAGUGACAGCGAAGAGGAAACGCCAUGCCAACAAAACCAGGUGCUGAACACGUCCUACAACUUUGUCGACUACAUCCGCAGCCGGGAGUCGGACCUGCGCGAAUCGCGCUCGAUUGAUCCGGCGUACGCCAGCCGUCACAUCCUCACGCAUGACAUGUUCAAGGAGACACCGAUCUCGCUCGGUAACAUCAACAAGGUGUUUUGCUCACAGUGGCUCAGCAACCGGCAGGUGGUGUUCGGUACCAAGUGCAAUAAGCUGAUGGUGUACGACGUCAAUAUGCGGAGGGUCGAUGCAAUACCGACGCUACCGAACAGAAACGGCGGCAGUCCUGACACGCAGUCCGGCAUUCACGCGUGCCAGAUCAACCCGAGCCACAGCUUGCUGGCCACCGGGGCCCGCCAUUCGGCCGACAUUGCCAUCUACCGCCUGCCUACCCUCGAUCCGCUCUGCAUCGGCGAGAACGCGCACACCGACUGGGUGUUUGAUAUGUGCUGGCUCGACGAUCAGUUUCUGGUGUCUGGGUCGCGGGACACCAAGCUGGCGCUCUGGCGCGUCAACGAGGAUCUGAUGGAUUUUCCCGAGACGAAGGGGUGCGCGGACAAUAACAUCACCAGCAGCGCCAGUAGCACCAGUGGGGCUAGUAGUAGCAGCACCUCGAGCACCACCACCAGCAGCACCAGCAACGUCGGUGGCAGCAACAGUAACAGCAACGGCGUGGGCAGCGAACAAGAGGCCGCCGAAAGUGGUGAGGCGGACGAGCAGGAGCAGGAUGUGCCACGGUACGCGCACAUUUCGCCCGUCUCGGUGAAGGACUGUCGCGGGGCGCAAAAGAUCCGGGCGGUGUGCUUCAAUCGCGAAUACCGCGAGCUGGCACUGCUGUCACUCAACGGUUAUCUGCAUCUGUUCAACGCGGAAACGUUCUCGCAGAAGCUGUCCCGCAAGCUGCCCAACUGCCAAGAGAACGUUUGUAUCGCGUGCCAACCGAACGGUCUGUACGCGGUCGGCUGCCGCUCCUACACACUGCUGCUGGACCCGAGGACGCUACAGGCGGUAAAGAAAAUUGCCUCACGGUACAGUGGGUGCGGGAUCCGGUCGGCAAGCUUCCAAGGAAACAUUCUUACCAUUGGCACCGGCAUGGGCAUGCUAAUGUUCUACGACAUUCGGGCGGGCAAGUAUCUGGAGUCCUGCAUAAAUUCAUCGCGGACGGUCGUGCUAAAGGCAAGCCGCGGCUAUGUGGCACAGUUUCCAGAGGAGGAAAUCGAUGGCUUCCAGCAGCUCAAGUACACGCCAGCCAUCUACACCCACUGCUACGACAGUAGCGGAACGAGACUGUUCACCGCCGGCGGACCACUUCCGGCCACAUUGAUUGGCAACUAUGCGGGCAUCUGGCAAUAAGCAUGCGGCACCGAAUGGGGAAGUGAUGAGUUGAUCGCUCGUCGUACGCGCCCCGGUUGUGGCUUCUUUGGUUCUGCAAAAUCACACAGAACGGCACAAGGAGCAAAUCACAGCAGGCCAGGCGGGCUCGUUUCUCUUUCACAAAUGAGGACUUUUUGCUUCCGAAAUCACGCUGACAGGAUUCACGUCGAAUCGAUCACAGGGCUAGGAUGUAUGGAACAAAAAUGAACACAAAACCGCAGGCACACCCUGCCAGGGCGGACCUAAUUAGCAAAUUUAUAACGAACAUCCCGGUGCCGGUAUCGGGAAACUCGUUUAUCAUAUAAGUCAGCUAGAGAACACAUUUAAUUGAUAAAUUACAUUUAGACUAGACUUAGGCGUACAGGUUGUCGCUGUCGUAGUAAUUGGGGUUAAAAAGACGAACGGGUAUGGACAAAAAUUUUGUUUGGCUUUACAAAGUGUUAAGAAGGCGACAAGUAAGUGAAAGCAAGAAACUUACAGCACAUGGUCGCGAUCAUUAUCGAUCGGGACGGGGGGCACGAAAAUGGAAACGCACCGCUCAUAGUUUUCACAUUGCAACCGCAAUUACCAAUUCUAUUACUUUGUUGUUGAAAAUGUAUCCUCUUUUAAUUUGACGCAAUUGAGAAACGCUCGAGAGAAAGAUAGGAACCUAAAACACGGGAUUCAUUAGGCAUAGUUAAAUACGAUGUACGAUCCGGCCAGGCAAUACUGGCCCUUUUGGAAGACGAAGCGUUUCUGGCCCAGCGUUUCGAGAUUCAUUAAAACACAAUAAAAUACUUAAAAUUGUGGACAUUGGACAUCAGUAUCAACUCUGCAUAAGAAUAAAUCUUCGCGGAACAGAGCUCGGUCAAACAGACCGAGUGAGAUUGACGAAUCUGGAAACACCGGGCCAGGGCCUCCGUUGUCUAAAAAGGCAAUAUUUUCUUAAUUGCCCACUGUCUUUAGGCAUAGUAUCACGCUUUACUAUUCGUUUACCGUUUCGCCUUUUAAUUUCCUCUUUGUUUUUCGCUUUACCAUUUUAUCGACGUCGACGUCGAGUUUUACUACAGCUUAUUAGUUGACUAUUCUGAUAUUUAUCGUGCUGGCCAACUGUCGAAGGCUAAACGGGGGCUAUGAGAAGGAAGCAGGAGUAGCAAAAAUGGAACAAACGGUAGAAAGGGCCGAUAUUUUUUAUAGCAAAAGAAAGCGGAUAGACAUUCUUCGUCUAUCGGCAAGGGCUCACAAGGAAACUGUACAGACGUGUGCGUGUGCGUAGAUGUAUGUUCGACUUUUUUAUGGUCCCUUGCGAUGCGAAGCGGAUUGUAAUGCAUCAAACUCUAAAAUUGCGAAAACAGAUUUAAUAAAAGACUAAGUAUGGAUCCAUGUAAACGGUGGACGUCAGUUGGGCGGAAACUUGCAGGAAUUUACAACGGUCGGCGGCAACUGAAGAGACGUAUAAUUUGAACUAUCGAAAAUAAAUGAUUCAUUAAAACGGGCAACCCGGCAAUCGGGG